CACCACCACAAGCAAUUCCUCUACUAGACCACCUUAGGUGUAUUAGUCUUAGUAUUUAAUACAGUAGAACAAGUAGGGUCUUCUUCAUCAAAAACAAAAUGGUGGCUGGUCCUGGAGGAGAGGACGACCUCAGCAUGCUGAGCAACACCUUAUGCGCCUUAAUGUGUAUUGUCUUUCUGACCUAUGGCGCAGCGGGCGCUCUGAGAGCUUGGCGUGGCACCUUGAAGUGCCGUAUUCUAAUGAGAAGCUUCGGCUUUUUCGACCUCCAGAAAAUCGAUAAAAAGCGAAAGGCUGCUCUGAAAAGACAAGAAGAGCAGAAAAAAGAAGCUCUGAGGAGGGAGAAAGAAGAAAGAAAAGCUGGAAGAAGUCGUGGAAAGAAGAAUGGGCGACCGGAAAUUGAUGGAGGAAACGAAAACAUUGAGGAAGCUCAAGCUCUUUUUUCUCCGAAUAAAGUUGAAGAUGCUUUAGCAGGUGCCGAACAAAUGGACGAAGGUCAUGCUUCAGCAGGUGAUGAAAUAGACGACGAUCAUGCUUCAACAGCAGGUGAACAGAUACGCCGCGCCCAUGAUACUAGUGCUGAAAUAAGUCGUCUCCAUGGCAGACAGAGACAUGGAGAUGGAAAAGGCAGUGGUCUUUUCCCUACUAUUUUCGAGAACGAGGAAUACACUAAUGAUUCUCAUCUCCUCUCUGCGGGAUCGCGUGGCACUACAGACCAAUAUGAAGAUUAUUAUUUGGGAUUGAGGGGUUCAGCUGCGUCUGGGUCUGGGAGUCACCACGACCAUGUCCUCCCAGCGUCUAGGAAAGCCCACUUUGCGGCCGAUCAUGACGGUGAUGCGAGUGACCGUGAUGAAGUAGAAAAUGGAGGUGGAGAGUCUUCGUGUGCUUGCUCUUGCUGUCGAAAAAGGAAAGCUAAUGAUACUAACCAAGAUGGACGAGGCGAUAAAAUUAAAGAGCCACAUGAUGAUUCUCAAAUGUUAGAGGGAGAAGAUGAGCUCCUGAUCAAGGAUGAUGCCGAAAUGCGUCAAUAUCUGGAGCCUCUGUUCGACGUCAAGGAGUUUCGCAGACAAAAAGCUGAAUGUUUACGACGUAUCCUGAGCUACGGAGAAGUCCACCUGUCCGAAUUGAUGUCCGAUGCUGACGAAACCCCUUCUCAUAUCUUCCGAGGAACCUGGUUGGUGGCUUGCAUUCUGUUGGCUCAAGUGCGGUUUCAGGACAUGAACUAUUUUUCGAGAGAAGUUUUAGAUUUGAACGCGCAUAGAGGGUAUGCAGCCCAAGCCCAAAAUCAAGGUCGAGUCCAACGUCAAGGUCAAGGCCCACAAGGAGCAGGCACAAACUCAAGAGGGCCAGCGAUGUCAACAACAGCUGUGGCGAAUUUUCCACAAGCAUAUCAAUUACAAUUGAACGGUGACAGUGACGGGGCACACGCUGAACAAGGACACGCUGCCUCGUUUAUGGAACAUCAGAUGGCGCAGCAGGACGACUAUGGUCAUGGUGCCAACGACCCAUCUUCACCUAUUACGUUGUCUAAUCCUAAUACGUGGCCUGCUUCAACAUCAUCUUCAGCGUCGCACUCAAGCUCCAGCUCUACAUUUGAAGAUGUAGAUGAUGAGUAUGGAGGUUAUUGUGGGCUCGCAGUUCUUGACCACUCUAAGAACGAUGAUGUUGUGAGAAGGUUUUGGUCAUCGUCCAACAUGGACAGUCUUGAUCCUAGAACUUGUGGACUUUUGACAAUGACUCUAGAUGCAAACGGGGACUCAGAAUUUGUAACUUCUGCACCGUCUACGCUACUGCAGCAAGAUGAAAUAGUGCGGAGAAACCGGGCAUCAAGAUCAAUGUCCUCCUCCUCAACAAGUGCAACUAGAGCAUCGUCUUCUUCCUUCAGCCAAACCACUGUUGUCCCAAAGCAGAAGGCUCAAGCCCCAGUCGCGGGAGUGCCUUCCCAACAAGGUCAAGUAGCAUCUUCAUCAAACACAAACACACAACAAGGACAACAAGCACAACAAGAUCCUACUAGAAAAGUUGUAGCCCAAAAUGCGUGGCAGCGGAGAGCGGUACAAAGAAGCACGAUUUGGCCCACGGAAACUACUAUAGGACUCUACCAUCCUACGAUCAUUGUCCUGCGUUACAUCCUAGACGUUUUUCGAGGCAUCUUUUUCGUGGCGGGCUUGCUAUUCGCCGUCUACAUUCCAAGAGCUAGGAGAAAAGAUUAUUGGGUAUUUUAUUUCUGUUGGGAUAUAAUUUUUGUUCUUUGAAGUAAAAUCGUUUCUUGAAUUCUAAGGCCAAUGAGAUUGUUUGUUUGUUUGUUUGUUUGUUUGUAUCGAUGCGCUCCGGGCGACGCGUACGAUCCCGCCGGGCUUCUUUGCGCUCUGUGUGUGUUAUGCUAUGGUCGUCAUUGCGAUCGACUCUGGUAUGCCUAGCCUUCACAGUCACCGCCGCCAAUUGUGGCAUGUCGAGCUAGGUGCGCAGGAGGCGGCGACUGCAAAUCUUACACGACUCCUGCACUCAAUUCUCUUUCAGGUCUACGAUCUUCCACGUGAUGUUACCAGUCGGGAAAUGGAUUCGUUGAUGCGGAACCGUAACAUUGGCUGGGUAGUCCUCGAUCAGUGGCAUGGGUGGGGAGCAGGAGUUGCCAUAGGGGUCGGAGGCGUUUCUUUCAUCGGUGUCGUCUUCGAUAUCGCACAAAGGGCUGCUCUUGGUAAAAAUUGCGUGUAGUAAGUUGGUGUAGCGCUAAUUCUCGGACUCGGUCAUCUUCACCAACAUACUAUUAAAUAGUACUUACUUGUCCGUGAUAUGACUACAAUCUUCUCCCACCUUCAGGUCGUCAUCCUUACGAAGUGUUGCUAUAUCGAAAAACGGUGCUGAGGGGUCCUCACAUCUUAGACGAGGACAACAGUUUCGACUCCUACUCGCCUCAGCGAGACUGUGCGAAGGAUAACCUGUACAAAACCCGGUGGACCUCUUUUCGUGGCUUUUACCAUUGUGCUGAAAUCAUCCCAGGAGAAGCCAUGUGGAGUUUUUUCCUAGGCAUACGCUUCUUGCUUACCUUGCUGUACUUUUGUUAAGGCUGAAAAUUAUACUAGACUUAUGCGCCCGGUAGCACUCCUCCCACUAGAAUCCUCCACCCUCUGCACGCACUUCCCCCGCCAUUGCGUGCCCCCGCUUCCCCGGUUCCUUCGCCGCGCGACAACCGCCUGGCGGAGUUGAUCGGUGGAACAGCAGAAGGGCCGGGCGCUAGUCGGCCUGCGGCCAUUGAAAGGGCACGCCUGGAAAUGGUGGCCCCGGGAGUUUGCUGGUGUUCUGUUAGGUUUGGCACCUUUGCGGAAGGCUGGAGCCUUUAACUUUCAAACUUUAAAAAUUCGCCCACUUUGAAUAAAGUUAAAAACUUAGCAUCCAACUUUUUUAAGGUUUAUCUUUCUGUCAUAAAAUUAAAAACUUUGCAAUUUUGGAGCUUCCAAAUUUGCAGUUUCAAUUGAAAAACUUUGAAGUUCCUAAAGUUUUUCAUUUUAUCGCCAAAAAAACAAACUCAAAGGCCAGGAGUAGGACGGCGCGUUGUAGGAUUCAAGCUGAAGCCUUGAAGCCUCAAGGCCGCAGCUCCUAAGUAUAGCGCUGAUCUACAAGCACCCAGUGGCCCAGGGGAAGCCAUCCACAAGGAUGCCACGCCAUGCCCAUGGGUUCAGAAGUUCGUAAAUUCAUCAGUAUCGAAGUCCCUCACCUGCAGUUCUCAAGUUCACAAGUUCAUGAGAGAGUUUGCGAGCUGUUCAUAGGUUCAUGAGCUAGGGGCUUCGGGUUCGGCUUCGGGGGUGUUAGGCUAAAAGCUUGGCGGGGUCGUUGUUGCUUUUAUAUAUAGCUCCUUAGUACUAGCUUGGGGCGUCCGAUAACAUCCCUCCCACUAGGAUCCCCCCCCUCCCCAAAGUAAGAAACUAAGCAAGGCAAGCGACACGCGUUUUCAAAUUUCGAAAAUUUUCCACGUUUUGCCAUCGUUUGCGGAUUGGAUCUCGUGCGUUUGAAGUCAAGGGCUAAGAUCCCAAAGCUUUUUGACUUUAAGCCCUUUCGCUGAACUUCAAUUUCUUGGAUUUGCAUUUUUCAAAUUUCGAAAAUCCUCCACGUUUUGUUGUCGUUUUGGGAUUGAAUUUUGUGCGUUUGAAGCGCUAAAGUCCCUAAGUUUUUGACUUUCAGCCAUUGCCUUGAGAUUCAGUUUCUUGGAUUUGCAUUUUUCAAAUUUCGAAAAUUUUCCACGUUUUGUCGUCGUUUUGGGAUUGAAUUCUGUGCGUUUGAAGUGCUAAAGUCCCAAAAUUUUUGACUUUCAGCCCUUUCCCUGAGAUUCAAGCUCUUGGCUUCGCGUUUUUCCAAUUUCGAUAAUUUUCCACGUUUUUCGUCGUUUUGGGAGUGAAUCUUGUGAGUUUGAAAGGCUAAGAUCCCAAAAUUUUUGAUUUUAGGCCCUUUCUCUGAAAUUUAACGCCUUGGCUUCGCGUUUUUAAAAUUUCGAAAAUUUUCCACAUUUUGUCGCCGUUUUGGGAUUGAGUCUCCCUCGUGAGUUUGAAGCGUUAAGGCCCCAAGGCUUUUGACUUUAAGCCCUUUCAUUCUUUCCCUGUGAUUCAAUCGCUUGGCUUCGCGUUUUUCAAAUUUCGAAAGUUUUCCACCUUUUUCGUCAUUUUGAGACUGAGCCCGUUGAUUUUGAAGGGCUAAGAUCCCAAAAUUUUUGAUUUUAAGCCCUUUCUCUGAAAUUUAAUUCCUUGGAUUCGCGUUUUUCAAAUUUCGAAACUUUUCCACGUUUUGUCGUCGUUUUGGGAUUGCGUCUCGUGAGUUUGAAGCGUUAAGAUCCUAAAGCUUUUGGCUUUAAGCCCUUUCCCCCGAAAUUCAAUUCCAUUGCUUCGUGGUUUCGUGGGUUCAUGGGUUUGGGGUUUGUUUGUUUUUGUGUCGGAGGUUUUGGGUUCGGGUGUUGGAGGUUUUGGGUUUGGGUGUUGGAGGUUGAGGGUUCCGAAGGGAAGUGUUUGCGAAGUUUUAUUGCUCUUGAUAUUCAUAUACAUGCCAGGGGUUAGGCUCAGGGCUAAAGGCCCCCCCCUGAUCUAGGGGGGCUUUUAGCCCCGGACCCUUUCUCCUGAGGGACUGCCGGGCGGGAAGGGCUCCAAACGAACACCGCCGCGCUUUCGCGGCUCCUUGCGUCUGCCUUACAGGGCCCAAGCCCCUGAGGCUGUUCAAGCACCAAAGGCCGGGGGUGGAAGGCUUUCGAAGGCGGCAAGGCUUGACCCCCUUGCUGUCUUGCAGGUAUCCUACAGGCCUCGAGUGAGCGGGAUCCUCGCUGGGGGAGUUUCUUGGGGGUGGAACGCCUCCAAGGGCAGCAGGUGGCAAGGCUCGACCCCCUUCGCCGUGCUGAAUGUAUCCGACUGAACCCAGUGAGGGACAGAACCCAGCCGGGCACGCCUUGCCCCUGCCCCUCCGUCCUCGCCCCUGGUCUUCAACCUCCCCGGGUGUUCGGUGGCGGCUGGCGAUGAUAUGAAGGCAACCCAGCAAAAGGGGCCAGGCCUCGCGAUCGUGACCGCCUUCGGCGGCCUUCUGCCCCCGAAGGCGGUCCCGCUGAUAGGGAUGGGUUCAAGAGGUGGGACGCCUGCAGGGUACACGCGGAGAGCCGCAAGGGGACUCCGCCUCCGCCUUUUCUUGGGGCCUUGGCCCCCGGGGGUCUUCACAUGAUCACCGCGAAAAAAAGGGCGCGCCGAGGCCGACGCCACCAGCGCUUCAUCUCAUGGGAGGCCUCUACCUUCCCUGGUGCAUUUCCUCCUCCAAGGGUCUUUCUCCUCUGCUCUAAUCUUGGGCUGUAGCAACGACGGCGAUGAAGUUUUUCCGCGUCCGCAUUGGGGAGACAAGCUACUAUCGAGGUCUCCGAUCGGAGCUUUGCUUCAUCAAAAUCGCUACCUAUGAAUUCGGGUUCCUGUCCAUCGCGGUCCUCUACAAGCCUCAGAACCUCAAUGACUACUUCAUUUGGAACGAAGUGCCUUGGCUGCAAGUGGGUCUUUACGUCGUGACGCUGCUGGUUGCCGCACUACUGUUGCGCAGUACUUGUUACAUUGUGGUGGACUUGUUUUUGUUAAGGGUCGUUCCCGCCACAUUUUUACAUCCUUCUUCACUUGCGUCCCUGACUCAUCUUUUUUCAGUAGGAUAAAAAUAUGAGUCAGGGACCACGUUCUGGGGAAGAAUGUAAUUCGCCCGUUGCAACGACCUCUAAUUUUGGACUUCGAGUACUCGGAUAAGAUUUUAGCGGAUAAAUUUGACGAUAGCUGGUUACCACAGGAAGAGAGCAUGAAAGCCCACAUCAUGGACGUGCGAUCGACGCGCGAUUACGACUGUCCAAGGGAACAUUUACAAGGCCUUUUGCACUUACCCCCCGACGAGCUGGAAAUAGAAGAUGUCUUGCUGUAUCGCCAGAGGGAUCGGACUACGAAUUUUCAAGUUGCACCCAGAAGAGAACAAGGGCGUGGCAGUGCUGGUCGUGGUGGCAUUGGUAGUGGUGGAGGUGGGGACACUUCCAAUUUUAUGGGUCGCUUCCACAUUGCAUUCGUCACUACCAUCCUUGACUUCCAGUAGGAAAGAAGUCAAGGAUGUUCUGGGGACUGCAAUGUGAUGUCGCAACCUCAUCUAACAAAUGCGGCACAGCUGGGGAUUCGUCCACUAGCGGAACGAGGGCAGCAGACUCUUCUUCAGCAGCUACUUCCUUCUCGUACAAUGGACGUGGAGCUAGAGGCGACGCUGUCUCGGUGUUUCGAGGAAGCCUGAUCAUGCAGAAAGAAUGGAGGGACUCACACUCACAAAUGUCCUCCGUAACAGGAGAAGUUGAUGUUGAUGGCGGAGAACUAGAACUACGCCGGGCUGCUUCAUCAGGAUCAGGUCAUCGCGGAGGACUCCAGGAUCAGGUCAACUCUUCUACAGGAGAACAUCAAGACGACGAAGAUCAUGGUGCCCAGGAUGCAUUACAGGUUCUUGGCGAAGAUCCUUCUCUUCUAGGUGUAAUUCAUGAACGAUCAGGCGAGGAAGACUCCACCCCUGGGUCGUUUCAUGCAGCCGCGCCGGGAGGUGGUGGGCGGCACCAUGUGAUCUUCUUGGAAAGAGGAGGAGGAGCUUCAGGAGGAGGAAGUGGACGAGACUUGUUAUCUGGUCGGGGAGAACAAGCUGGUACAUUAUACGAGGACGACUACAACUCGACGAGAAGCGGGCGGACGACCCAUCUUCCACCACAAGCAAGGGGCCCCUUGGCUCUUACAGCCAUGCUAACUCGUCCUCGUGCGCCAGUGCACGAGAUAAGAUGGCAAUGUAGCAAUCGAAGUGGUGGAAGCGAGAAUCAAACGUCAUUCGGCAGUGAAAUGUUAGUGCAGAUGGAUGAUGAGAAUGCUGGAUCAAGAUCAGGAAAUCGUGGUAGAAACGCAGGAGCUACUUCAUCUUCAUCUAUUUCAGGAGCUCGCCGUGGUGGAGGUGGAAGAGAUCGUAAUCUUGAUAUCAAUAGGGACUCUGUCAGAGAGGAUUACAACGCAGACCACCAUGUUGACGAUCAUGACCAAAGAGACGUUGAUGACGGUGAUAGCACUACUUCAAGUGGUUCGCAGUCGUCAAGGGAAAGUUCGGCACGACGACGUCUGCUGCUUGCACUACCUCCUGCUGGUGCGUCACAAGAUGAAAAUAGCGGUCCAUGGUCUUCGUUUGGCACUGCUGGUACAACGAGAACAAUCGGACCUGCAGACCGACACGCACUGCACAGGAAUUGCCCCUGGCUGGAUCCGCAGUUGCUUAGAGCGAUGACCGAUCAAACGCGACAAAGGUGAAGAACAGGACCUUCCUCCGCAAAUGCUAAGUGGGUGAAGAGAGGCAUUUUCUAUCCGCAAAUGCUAAGUGGGUGAAGGAGGAGCAAAAAAGGAAGAGAAAGAGAGAUUAAAUCUCUUCCAACAACAGGAACCUCUUGCCAGGCACAUCAAUCAAUCAAGCAUCUGUCCUGCUUUAAUCAUUGUUCUUGGCACUUUUCUCAUGCGAAAAAAGUACAGAGCAACACAUCGCAAGUAAUAGAGCUGGUGCCAUGCUUCAGAGCAGCCCGUACUGGUGAAUCUUGUUGUGGUUAGAGCUCUUACAAGAACAUUCUCUCCUUCUCGUACUAGAUAAAGGGACGCUUCAUCUUGCUUAGAAGAAGACUAAGCAAUUCAUCAACUAAUCAAGAAUGUCGAGCAAUAAGUUUCG